AUGGCGAUCUGUACUUAUGACGCACGUACGUUUGCAUCAGAAGCGGCCAUUGAAGAUCUGAUGAUGCAAGCCAAGAAGAUUAAGUACGACGUCAUCGGACUUACCGAGACGACACGACGCCACCCUCUCAACGUCGUAUAUGAAACUGGAAAAGAACCGUUCCUGGACAGCAGAGGUGUUGGUAGAGUUGGCGUCCACGUCAACACGAGUAUGGCUAAGAACAUCGACUCUUUCGAACAACUUACGACCCGAAUCGCACGUUUGCGGAUGAGAAGAUGUGGUCCAACACCAGCUUUGACUAUCUUCGUCGCUUACGCUCCAACAUCAAGCUACAAAGAAGAAGAAGUCGGAGCUUUCUAUAUGGAUCUAGAGAGGAGUGUACAAAGAAGACCGUACCUUUUACAAGGUCAUUCUCAGUGA